GGGAAUGGCCACAUGGAACCGGCCGCACUCAAGGCUGCCCGUGGCACCAGAGCCAGCUGCAGAAGGGGAGUCCCAGCAGCCCCUGGGGCGAGAGCUCUCGGAGGCCAACCGCUUUGCCUAUGCCGCCCUGUGUGGCAUCUCUUUGUCACAGCUGUUUCCAGAACCUGAGCAAAGCUCCUUCUGCUCAGAAUUUGUGACGGGCCUGGUGAAAUGGUUGCAUCUGUCUGAAACUGUCCUCCCAACCAUGAUGGCCUUUGCCAGCGGCCUGGGAGGCGAAGGAGAUGACAUCUUUGCUCAGACUUUAUUGAAGGACCCCAUUCUGAAAGACAACCCAUCAGCCAUCAGUCAGGACCUCCUGAGCUUCUCACUCAAGGAUGGGCACUACGAUGCCCGAGCCAGAGUCCUCGUUUGUCACGUGACCUCCCUGCUCCAGGUGCCCAUGGAGGAGCUUGAUAUUCUCGAAGAGGUGUUCCUGGAGAGCCUGAAGGACGCCAAAGAGGAGGAGUCUGAGACUGCAGAGGAGUCCCGGAAGAGAAAAGAAAAACGGCGGAAGUGGAAGCGCUAUCUCCUGAUUGGCCUGGCCACAGUUGGAGGCGGGACAGUGAUUGGUGUGACAGGGGGCCUGGCUGCCCCCCUUGUUGCCGCGGGAGCUGCGACAAUCAUAGGCAGCGCUGGGGCAGCCGCCUUGGGCUCCGUGGCUGGCAUCGCUGUUAUGACCUCACUGUUUGGUGCAGCCGGAGCUGGCCUGACAGGAUACAAGAUGAAGAAGCGAGUUGGGGCCAUUGAGGAAUUCAUGUUCCUGCCUCUGACGGAAGGCAAGCAGCUACAUAUCACCAUCGCCAUCACGGGCUGGCUCGGGUCCGGCAGAUACCGCACAUUUAACGCCCCAUGGAUGGCCCUAGCCCGCAGCCAGGAGCAGUACUGCCUGGCCUGGGAGGCCAAGUACCUGAUGGAGUUGGGCAAUGCCCUGGAGACCAUCCUCAGUGGCCUCGCUAACAUGGUGGCCCAGGAGGCUCUCAAGUACACCGUGCUCUCUGGUAUCGUGGCUGCUCUAACCUUGCCGGCCUCCCUCCUCAGCGUCGCCAAUGUCAUCGACAACCCCUGGGGGGUGUGUCUCCACCGGUCUGCUGAGGUUGGCAAGCACCUAGCACACAUCCUUCUCUCGAGGCAACAGGGCCGGAGGCCUGUCACCUUGAUUGGAUUCAGCCUGGGAGCCAGAGUCAUCUACUUCUGUCUGCAAGAGAUGGCUCAGGAGCAAGAUUGCCAAGGGAUCAUCGAGGAUGUUGUCCUUCUGGGCGCACCAGUAGAGGGGGACCCCAAGUACUGGGAACCGUUCCGGAAUGUGGUGUCUGGGAGAAUCAUCAACGGCUACUGCAGGGGAGACUGGCUGCUGAGUUUCGUGUACCGCACAUCUUCUGUGCAGCUCCGUGUCGCAGGCCUCCAGCCUGUGCUGUUGCAGGACCGGAGGAUGGAGAACGUGGACCUGUCCUCAGUGGUCAAUGGCCACUUGGACUAUGCCAAGAAAAUGGAUGUCAUCCUGAAGGCUGUGGGCAUCCGCACCAAGCCUGGCUGGAGUGAGAAGGGACUCCCCCUGGCCCCUGGCAGCCUGCCCCAAGAAGAGCCUCUCCAGACAGCCACAGUCUCCACAGACGAGACAAUCCACCAGGAUGAACAAAAGCAGGGACCUGCCCCAGGAGACAGUCUCAAAUCUGCCAUACCUUCCAGUGCCAGCCAAGCCCAGGUGCCAGCAGGGCUGGACCAAUCCACAGAGGACUCGCUCCCUGCUGCCGCUGCGCCAGCAGAGGGACACCUGGUGUGCAGCCAUGGUGUGGGACCCAACCCACUGGGCUGCCCUGACUGCACCCGUGAGACCCAGGAGUCGUGUGCAGAACUAGACUGACCCUGCAGGCAUCUGGACUACUCUCCAGACGUCUCUAUGCGACUUUCUCUAACCCCUAUGGGCUCCCCAGAGAGCUCCAGAGGUGGGGAAUUUCCACAAGUGCCUUUCUGACACAAAAUGGAGAGGUGAGAGAGAAAACCUGGCAGUAGCACCUGCCAGGUCAACCCAACCCCAACUCCAAACCAGUGUGGGCUCCUGCCCUGCAGGUCCCAUCCAGAGGCCCAAAAGUCACUGUGGGAUUGGGGAUCCCCAUGUUCCCUUUCCUCCAACCUCAGUGGACCCAAGUGUCUUCCAGAUCCUGCAUCUACUCUCCAGGGCUGCCCACUGCUCCAGGCUCCACGAGUGGGUGUUUUCAUGUGCCAAUGAGUCACUUUGCUCCCUCUGCUCUUAGAAGAAGCAGCUCUGUCCAGUACACUUGUGUGGGCUGGGUGCACUGUAAAAUGGCUGGAGUAACAGACAUACAUGUGAUAUGAUGGCGGCCCACCCUGAGCUUGUGAAACACGUGAGCCUGGAUAGAAUUAUAGCGGAGGAAUAAAGGCAGAAGUCACAGUCAGCGUCUUGAGACCUAGGCCUUGGUAAGUGUGGAUUACAUGAGGGACCAAUAAACACUGUUUACCACACCCUA